ACAAACUAAUAUUAGACAUUCUAACUUUUUCAAAAUGGCAUUUAGUUUUUGUUUUUCUAAAUUAUGUCUGGAAGCCCCCCCUCGAUGGAUAAACUUUUGUCAGAGACGUACGAUGAUGAGCAUUUUUUACUCCCCCAAAAAUGCACAUCAAAACUUAAUAGAAAAGAAAGUCUACUCUGUUUGUAAUGCAAAAGUCUCGAGUCUUAUUGCUCGCGCACUCUGCACUACUAAUUCUAAAUUGAAAUAUGGGGGGAAUAAAAUGCUACAUGAUAGCUUUGACCACCCUGAAACAGAGGAACUGAAAAAGUUACUGGAUAAUAAUCUUACUUGGGAUGGCGCUGGUGAACAUAAAGUACUUGUCCUUCAACCAUAUAUUAAAUGGGGUCCAAACAAAAAGACAAACACCAACCCAGACUUAAUGCUAGCUGAAGCUGUCUCACUAGUGAAGUCACUCCCGAAGUGGACGAUUGCUGACAAGCGUAAGAUAGGAGUGAUGAACAUCUGUACUGACAAAGUUUUCGGCACAGGUCAGAUAGAUGCCAUUGCCUCUCAGAUUCACAUUGCUCCUAUACCAAUAACAGCAGUUUUUGUAAGUAUAGACAAACUUUCAAAUGAGCAGUAUUUCUUUUUAUGUAAUCGCCUCCAAGUUCCAGUUUUUGAUCGUUAUUCCAUUGUAAUUCAGAUUUUCAAGGAGCAUGCAAAAUCUUCGGAAGCCAAGCUGCAAGUUGCCCUUGCGGAGCUUCCUUACAUUGUCGGUAGGUUUCUCUCACCACACUAUGAUAGAACAAAAAAAAUUUUAAUGAAGCACCAAAAAGAAAUGAAAGCUUCCCUCGCAAAGCUCGAGAAGCACAGAGCGCAUGUACGGAAAAAUCGCAAAGCCUUGGAGUUUCCUGUAGUAGCUGUAGUUGGCUACACCAAUGCUGGUAAAACCUCAUUGAUAAAAGCGUUGACAGCAGAUUCUUCAUUAACCCCUCAGAAUGUCCUGUUUGCGACAUUAGAUGUCACAAUGCAUGAAGGCUCACUUCCAUGUAAUUUGAAAGUUCUGUAUGCUGACACCAUUGGUUUCAUUGCAGACCUUCCCAUUGAAUUAAUCCAGCCAUUCAGAGUAACAUUAGAGGAUGCUAUGCUGGCUGAUGUGAUCAUUCAUGUAAUGGAUGUUAGUCAUCCAAAUCAUGCAUUACAAUAUGAUGAAGUCAUAAAUACUCUGGAGAAAUUAGACCUCUCUCCUAAGUUGAAAGAAAACGUAAUAACUGUCGGCAACAAGUCAGAUCUUGUUCCUCAUGAGAAGCUCCUUGAGAUACCCAACGAGGUGAUGUUAGUAUCCGCGACAGAGGGUAUUGGUAUGAAUCAGCUACUUAGUCGAGUAGAACAAUUAAUUCUGAGUUCAACAAAUCGACAGAAAUUGACAGUGCGGGUAAGGGCUUUCAGUGAUGAAGAACAAUGGUUGAAACAAGAAGCUGCAAUUAUAUCAUCUGAUGUUGAUCCUAAUGAUUCUGCGUAUGCCUUACUGAAAAUUGUGAUUACCCCGAGUAAACUUAAUAUCUUUAGAGAGCAGUUUAUAGGGUCAAGUGGCCGACGCAAAAAUGCAUGAAAAGAUUUUUCACUUUUCUGGAAGACAUAGAUAAUGAACAUGAUGAAAAGAUUUUUCCCUUUUCUGGGAGACAUAGAUAAUGAGCAUGAUGAAAAGAUUAUCAUUUUAGUUUACGAUUUUAACCUUGGAUUUUGUACUUGAUUUUUGGAAUAAAUUUAUUUUGUCUGCCAUACA